CCUCGGCCAGUGACUGAUGCCCACCCCCACGCACGGUGACUGAAAUUAGCGAGAACACCGUUUAAUACACAACCUUUGACAUGGCUGUUACAGCGGACCACAUCCGGGACAAGCUACUCAAGGAGCUGCCGGCCGUCCACGUGGAUGUGGAGGACACGUCACUCAACAGAUGUGCUGCCAGCUACAAGGUCCUGGUGGUGUCGACCCAGUUCGAGGGCAAGCCGCUGCUGCAGAGACACAGGAUGGUGAAUACGUGCAUAGCAGAGGAGCUGAAGGAGAUCCACGCCUUUGAACAGAAGACCCUCACACCUGAACAGUGGGAGAAGCAGAAGUCACAAUGACACACACACACACACCACUUCAGAGUUUCUCCGAUGAAACCGACCGUGUACUUCUGGGAUGUAGAAGGACUCCUACGGCUCUCUUUAAGUCAGCAACAUUGAUAUAAAUAAAUAAAACCUUUGGCUGCUG